GGUACUGUAGCCCGAUGGGAGGGGGCGUCGCAUGGACCAAGGGCAGCACGCUCGGCUUCACGCGCUGGAGCCAAGAGCCCUUCGAGCUCUCACCCGUCGACCUCGCGAGCUUGGACAUCCCGGUUCUACCCGGCCAGCCAACGACAGGGCUGCUGCUGCGAUAUCGUGGCCACUCGCUGCUCGUACACCAUGCGACCGCUGUCGCCAGCGACGACGCGACCAAGCGCAUGCUCGAGCUCGUGGGCCGAUCGCUCGACAGCGUGCGCAAGGCCAACAAGUACUUUACAGCGGCGGCGACGUCGUCCGUGCGCUUUUACGUUGGGUCCGAGGCCGAGCGCGAUCAGUGGCUGCAGCUUGUGCUCCUCAACACACAGGUGCAGCCACCUGUUGCAGCGCCACCCGCGCCACUUGAGCUUCCAGAGCUCCCGUCGACAUUGAGUGCGACGCCGACACCUCGCCGCCUCAACGAAACGAUCAAUGACGGCUUCCAGAGCUUGGCGACGGCCGCAUCCUGCGAAGACGCCAAGGACACGCUUGGCGCCCUCGCUGCGUACCGAGAAGCCCAUGCACUCUUUAUGCAAGUACACCCGCAGCUACCGAUGAACAAGACGCGGGAACUCAUUGUGGACAAGUGCAGUGAGAUCCAGGCUAUCAUCGACGACUUGAUGGCCCCCCGACCUGCGACAACGACCGCCGAAGCGCCGACGCCGCCACCACCGGCGCCAUCUGCCGCAGACGUCCCAUCGUCACAGCAUGGCAUCGCUGCUCCACCAUCAGCACCGCCGCAAAUGCCCGCCAGCCUCGACCUCGACGAGCGACUUGGUCGUCUCCAAGGAUUCGCUGAUUCGCUGCAGGUGGAGAAGGCACGCACCGAGAAGAGCACGAAGAAGUCCGACUUGGAGCUUCGUUUUGCAGCGUUGAAGAACGAGGCGAGCCGCGCACCACCGCUCGAGUCGCUGGAAGCGCGACUCAGCAAGCUUCGGGGUGGUACCCCUAGCCCUGUGGGCAAUGCUACCGCCGUGACUGCCAUCGACGUCGCCCUCGAGCACGCCCUGAGCGGUGAGGACGAGGGCCUGAAGGCGGCGCCACUCGAUCGCCAGGUCGACGACCUCAUCACGCUGGUCCAGCAGGAGAUCGCACUGGGGAUCCAAGACGAUCCGCCACGCCUCUCCCUCGACAGCAGCGAGAUGGAUGAAGACGAACAGCUGAGCAGUCUCCGCCAAGCAUAG